AUGUUUAGUAUUUUUAAUAAAAAAAAAAACUCGGAUCAACUAAAUGUGCCGGAACAUACGCCUACGCCUUUGUCUGCAAUAAAUACUGAAAGUAUAACUGCAGAUGAAAACUAUGACGAAAACGAGUUAAAUGAUGUCGAUGUGCCUAUAGAUGAUGAACUUGAUUUGGGUAAUUUAAGUUCAGGACCGCGUCAGCCAAUAUUAAAGGUGUAUCCUAAGACAAAAUUUGGAAGUCAAAAUCGAGGAUUUACACCUUCUUACUUUAGUGAGUUUAAUUGGCUCGAGUAUAGUAUUAAAAAAGAUAGCGUGUUUUGUUUUCCAUGCCGUGUUUUUGGAACUGCAGCUCGUCAAACGGAAAAUACAUUUACUGUAAUAGGAUUUAAUAACUGGAAAAAACUUUGUGGAUCAAGAGAUUCAAAGACCAAAAAAUCAAAACUAAGUUUGCACGCUUCAACAAUUAAUCACAUUAAUUGUAGUAUCAUCUCCAAAUUAUCAACAGCCAACAACGAGCACAUUGACAAAAAUCGGCAGUAUAUUAAAUGUUUAAUUGACAUUGUUAUAUUUCUUGGACGGCAGGGACUUCCAUUUAGGGGUCAUCGUGAAAAUGAAGAUGCUUUAAAUAAAGGUAAUUUUAAAGAGCUGUGCAUGUUGUUUUCAAAACAUCAUAUUGAGUUUGAGAAAAAAUAUAUUUUCAACUCAACUAACCAUACUAGCUGGGCCAUUCAAAAUAAUUUGAUAAAUAUUUGUGCUUCAUAUGUGAGAGAUAAUAUUGUUUCUGAAGUUAAAAAGGGUGGCAUGUUUUCCAUUUCAUGUGAUGAAGCCAGAUCCCAUAGAGAAGAGAAAAUGUCUAUCUGUAUCCGUUAUACAAACAAUUUAGAGGUAAAAGAACGUUUUUUAGGAUUUGUUGAUGUAUCAUAUAGUCAAAAUGCAGAUGCAUUAUAUUCAUCUAUUAUCGACUUUUUACAUUUUUGUAAUCUGUCUGAUAUUCCAAUUGUUGGCCAGUCUUUUGACGGAGCAAAUGUAAUGUCUGGUCAGAAAGGAGGUGUCCAAACUAAACUUAAGCAAAUAUAUCCAUACGCUAUAUACAAACAUUGUAUGGCUCACAAAUUAAAUUUAGUGAUUGUGGACACAUGCAAAUAUUUGAAAGAUCUUAGAAAAUUAUUUAAUGGACUAGAAGCCAUAUAUACAUUUCUCAUAUCCUUCAAAAAAUAA